UCCCAAAACCCCUUCCCCCAUCAAGAAGAGCCUCAAUAAAAAUCCAGAGCGACGCCGAGCGCCCACCAGGAAUGAGCUCGGGCCGCUCCCAGAUCCGCCGUGCUCCGCGGUGAUUUCCCGAUACCCUUUUCCCGUCGCCGAUUCGCUUCUCUUGGGUCGUCGUCCGUUCUUCAUGUCGAGCCCGAGAAAACCCAGUUUCUCAAUCGGUUUCGGACGAUGAAUGGUUGCUCUGUUCUGUCCCUUUUUGUCUGACAUUGAGGACGUUCUUGCAGCAGCAGCUGAUUUCUUGAAUUCUUUUUGGUGUGAGAUAAGAGAAAGGCAUACUGCUGCUCGGGGUUAUAUGUUAUUCGGCAUUGAGCUCACGGGAAGUCUUGGAAAGGAGGCAUUUUUGAUGUUGGCGGGUGAUUGCGCUGGACUUUGUGUGUGGGGGGGAUUCGGGUUCUUGUGUUUUUGGGUUUAAUUUAUGGGCAGCCAACGUUGUCGGCGGCUGGAGUUUGUGCUUGGUUUGUUGAGUUCGCUUGGUGGGUAUGUUUCCAUGUGAAGAGAAUCCCAGAAUAUGCUUUCUCUGCGUCCCGUUCGCAGAUUUUGCCAUGCCGCCGCUGUCGCCGCCACCGCCACGAUUGCAUCGAACAGUAGUAGUCCUUCAGCCGUGUCGAGCCAUAUUUAUAAGGCAAAGACAAUAGAGGAACCUGCUCUCCUGAAGCUUAAAUCUGAAAGGGACCCUGAUAAGCUAUUCCACCUGUUUAGGGCGAAUGCUCACAACCGCCUCGUUGUUGAGAACCGUUUUGCUUUUGAAGACACGGUUUCUAGGCUGGCAGGCGCUGGCCGGUUUGACUACAUCGAGCAAUUGCUUGAGCAGCAGAAGGCCCUUCCACAGGGUCGCCGUGAAGGGUUCAUUGUGAGGAUUAUCAUGCUGUAUGGUAAGGCCGGAAUGGUUAAGCAUGCGCUCAAUACUUUCUAUGACAUGCACUUGUUUGGUUGUAGAAGGUCUGUCAAGUCUUUCAAUGCUACAUUGCACGUUUUGAUAGAAGCCCGUGAUUUAAUAGCUAUUGAGGCCCUCCUUAGUGAGGUUCCACAAAGGUUUAGUAUAGAGCUGGACAUAAUUUCUCUCAACAUUGUUAUUAAGGCGUUCUGUGAAAUGUCCUUUUUGGAUAAGGCUUAUUUAGUCAUGGUAGAGAUGGAGAAAUCUUGUAUCAUACCAGACAUAGUUACAUAUACUACACUACUGUCCGCAGCAUACAAGAACAAUAGGUGGGAACUUGGUAACGGUUUGUGGAAUCUUAUGGUGCAUAAGGGUUGUUUGCCAAAUCUAGCAACUUUCAACGCUAGAAUUCAGUACUUGGUAAAUAGGCGAAGAGCUUGGAAUGCUCAUAAGAUGGCUGCUUUGAUGAACAAAAUUGGGAUUAACCCUGAUGAAGUCACAUAUAAUUUGGUGAUUAAAGGGUUCUUCCUUGCGGGAUAUCCUGAAAUGGCCAAGAGGGUUUAUUCUGCGUUACAUGGCCACGGAUACAGACCCAAUAUUAAGAUUUACCAGACCAUGAUCCAUUACCUUUGUAAGGGAGGCGAUUUGGAUUUGGCAUAUUCAAUGUGUAAGGACUGCAUGCGAAAAAGUUGGUUUCCUAGCGUCGAUUCCAUUAUUGCACUUCUUGAAGGCCUAAAGAAAAGUGGGCAGCCUGGGAAAGCUAAGAUGAUCAUAGCACUGGCCCGGAAGAAGAGACCACCUUUUUCUGAGAUUCAGAUAGACUCUUUUCAGUCCAAAUUAUCCUAGAGAUGAUUUUGGGUGGAUGAUGAACCUCUUAAAAAAUUUUCAGACCAUCAGAGCUGUGACGCCUAACUUGAAAUUUCAGAGCUCUUUGGUGUCAUCACAUCAGAUCAAAGGAGCUAGAGUAUAUCAUAAUCAUUCUAUGGAACACGGGUUUCUCCAGCUCAUGAUCUUGGUUUUUGCUACAAAACGAGUAUUCCAGGUGGAUGACAACCAUGUGAUUGCCAUUGCUUGUAAUGGGGCUUGUCUAUUCAGCGUUUUUAUGUGAAUGGAUGGCGAUGGACACAGGGGGACCUCGUCAGGCUCUCAGUACAUCUAGCAUGGAGUGACCAGCCUUUUUCAUGGCCUUGUGGUUGGACUUAAGAUGACCAUACCUCAAGGUCAGAGUUUUAAGGCAUGGUGAGAGAGAAAGGCUUAGUCAAAAUAGCUACCAUGUGCAGAAGUUCUGAUCAACAGGAUGAGAUCGAGCUCGAUACAACUUCCACAAGGAUGCCGCUGCCUUUGUUAGGAUACUGAUCAAGAGCAUAUAGCAAAUUACCAACAGAUGCAACCCUUUUCUCUUUCAUUUUAAGAGAAACGGUUGGUUCUGACUUCUCGCACUUGCUUCCUUACCACGCUCUUGAGUCUUUCAUGGUGGUUGUCUGGCAAUUAUCCGGCCACUGCAAUAUGGACCUAGCUCCUCUAUGAAGGUUUGAGCCAGAAUUGUUUUCCAUCAAUUUCAGUCACACGGCAUUGAUAGAUUCUUUUGAUACAGCCUUUGGCUUCAAGUUGAAUAAUCAAUAAUUCGAGAAAGUGGAAAGUUCCAGAGCAACAUGGAGAUACUUUUUGUUGUUAGCUGUGUUUUCAUGGAAAUGCUGUAAUUCUUUGAGAUCUGACCAUUGGUUCAGUCAUACUCUUGUCACAGAUAAGGUUGUUUAUAAGCCAUGGCUUCCCAACAGUGUUGUGUUGAUGCAUUGUAUAUUCACAAACAUGCAACAUUUCCACUUGGUAUCUUUUAUAAAUUACUAAGGGGUUAUGGCGGGCAUGAUGAUGGAGUUGCAAAGAGAAUGCACCAAAGAGCUGUGGAGGAGCGCGUAGUUUGGGCUAUUCAUUUGCCUAUACAAACUUGUGUUUUGUUCAGAGUCACAGCAUUUCUAACUGGACUCCAUGCCGUCUACAGCUCGAGUACAGUACAACCUAUGUGGGAAUGAGAUUUGAUUGGUAUUAACUGGAUCCGUAUGAAGGCGCAAGCUCAAGCAGAACUUGCCAAGCAAGUGACUAGUCGAUGAGGGAACAUUGAGAGCCUCUGUAGAAUUGCUUGCCAAGGCAAAUAUGAUAGUGCAUUGUUUAUGGAUUUGUUGAAUUACUAAUCAACAUCGAAUUCCUAAUCACAUCACUCCUUGAUCUUUAGGUCUUGCAUAGAUUUCUAUUUUCGUUCUGCAAAGUGUAGUUUCAAGACAUUGAUUUUGAAAUCUAUUCACGUGGCAAGCCUGGA